AUGGCCCUCUUUCUCAGUAAGAGACUGUUGAGAUUUACCGUCAUUGCAGGUGCGGUUAUUGUUCUCCUCCUAACAUUGAAUUCCAACAGUAGAACUCAGCAAUAUAUUCCGAGUUCCAUCUCCGCUGCAUUUGAUUUUACCUCAGGAUCUAUAUCCCCUGAACAACAAGUCAUCUCUGAGGAAAAUGAUGCUAAAAAAUUAGAGCAAAGUGCUCUGAAUUCAGAGGCAAGCGAAGACUCCGAAGCCAUGGAUGAAGAAUCCAAGGCUCUGAAAGCUGCCGCUGAAAAGGCAGAUGCCCCGAUCGACACUAAAACAACCAUGGAUUAUAUCACUCCAUCUUUUGCUAACAAAGCUGGUAAGCCAAAAGCUUGUUACGUCACUUUGGUGAGAAACAAGGAGUUGAAAGGUUUGCUAAGCUCCAUUAAAUAUGUGGAAAACAAAAUUAACAAGAAAUUCCCAUAUCCUUGGGUUUUCCUAAACGAUGAACCUUUUACUGAAGAAUUCAAGGAAGCAGUCACCAAAGCUGUUUCUUCCGAAGUUAAGUUUGGUAUUUUGCCCAAGGAACAUUGGUCAUAUCCUGAAUGGAUUAAUCAAACCAAGGCUGCUGAAAUUCGUGCAGAUGCUGCCACCAAAUACAUAUACGGUGGCUCCGAAUCUUAUAGACACAUGUGUCGUUACCAAUCUGGGUUUUUCUGGAGACAUGAAUUAUUAGAAGAGUACGAUUGGUACUGGCGUGUGGAACCAGACAUCAAGUUAUACUGUGAUAUUAAUUACGACGUUUUUAAGUGGAUGCAAGAAAACGAAAAAGUUUACGGCUUUACCGUUUCUAUUCAUGAAUAUGAAGUGACGAUCCCAACACUAUGGCAAACGUCCAUGGAUUUCAUCAAAAAGAACCCCGAAUACUUAGAUGAAAACAACCUGAUGAGUUUUCUUUCGAACGAUAAUGGUAAAACAUACAAUCUGUGCCAUUUCUGGUCAAACUUUGAAAUUGCAAACUUGAAUUUGUGGAGGUCACCAGCCUACAGAGAGUAUUUUGACACUUUGGAUCAUCAAGGUGGAUUUUUCUACGAAAGAUGGGGCGAUGCUCCCGUUCAUUCUAUUGCUGCUGCUUUGUUUUUGCCAAAGGAUAAAAUCCAUUAUUUUUCAGACAUUGGUUACCAUCAUCCACCUUAUGAUAACUGCCCAUUGGACAAGGAGGUCUAUAACAGUAACAACUGUGAAUGUGACCAAGGUAAUGAUUUCACUUUCCAAGGUUACUCUUGUGGUAAGGAAUAUUAUGAUGCUCAAGGGUUGGUAAAGCCAAAAAACUGGAAAAAAUUCCGUGAGUAG